AGGCGGGGGGCUCGGUGGGCGGCUGCCCCUUUCGGAUGGCGGCCUGCCCGCCUCGCCUCGCCCGCCUCCUCCCACGGGAAGUCCCUGCCGGGGCGGCUCUCUCUCCUCUCCUCUCCUCCCCUUCCCUUUCAUUUUCGCUUUGAGGCGUGACGGGCCAGCUUCUCCCCGCUUCCCGGAGCCGCGCCGCCGUCGGGCUUUCGGGGUUCGGCUCGCUCGCCGCCUGCGCUGCUGCAACCCGGGACCAUGGCCGACACCUUGCACAUCUCCCCCGAGCGCCAAGCCCAGGUGGAAUCCUUCAGGAAGAACCUCUGUGCUCAGGCUGAAGAACUUGUUGCCCAGCGUUUCCCAGAAAAGAUUGUGGAGCUAAAUAAUUUUUUGAAGGACCCCGAACUGAAUGUCUCGGACCUCAUUUCUCUCCGUGCUGAGCUAGACAUCCCUGUCCCUGAUCCCAAGAAGGAUGAGGAACGCCGGAAGAAAAAGGAAAAGGAAGACGAUGGGAAGAAAGAGAAGGAUUCCAAGAAAUCAGACGAUGAGGAUAAAGCGCCCCCCUGCGGCCCCGUAGCCCACAACGAGAAGAUCACGGCCCUCCUGAACCGCGUCAAGCCAGAGAUCCAGGGCACCAAGGAGAAGAUGAAUGUGAUCUCUCUGUGGCUGCAGCUCCAGGUUCCACGGAUUGAAGACGGCAAUAAUUUUGGAGUGGCAGUCCAGGUGAGUGCCUGCUUUGGCACACCCGCCCGUUCCCCGCCCAGAUGUUACACGCUGGGUCCUGGUGUUAACAAACACACUCGGCAGUGGAAUGCAGUUUCAAAAACAGGCCUGAGCCCUGGCAC